UAUUUUUAUUCUUUUUGCGGCCCAUUUUGAAAAUCUACCAAAACCGUGUUUUUUAAACCCGGUCUAAUGGUAUAACAAUAUUAUUUUGAAGUAUAACAUGGGUGCGGUUGCUCAAAGAGGCGCCAAUUUUAGGUUUGAAUCCGGUCUGACCUAUUUGGAGGGAUUCGGUCCUUUAUAUUUUCGCCAUACCUAACCGGAAGGUCGCACAGUUUCAUUUGACGCCACAGCGACACGUCACACGCUGAACCUUACACGCAUAGUCGGGCGGUUUCUGAUCUCUAAUAAAAAUUUAUAGACACAGUCUGUAAUAAUAUUAUGACUUAUUCACUUUAGUUGUUGACCGAAGGUCUUACAGUGUACAUGGCCGCCGUUUUGAUUUCGUCAUGUUUGUUUUUGCUAAAUUAUUUACCGAUAAUACCAACACUAUGGUGCUCGACAUCGAUAAGAAGCCGGACAAACAACUGAUAAUUAAAAUGGCCGGUUAUUUAGAAAAAAAGGGUAGAAUGCGAGUAGUCGGCGUUCGUCGUUGGAAAAAAAGAUGGUGUGUACUCGAGGGAAAACUCUUGUUGUACUUCAAAACUCAGCUGGAAUAUUCGCAUCAUUUGUCGCCUUGCAGAGGUUCGGUCAACAUGGGCCUAGUCCUAUCCAUCACCCCACGCGGCCCGUGUCAGAUACAAAUCGUCACUAGAUCUCAAAUUAUCGUAUUUAGAACUAAAUCUAAAAGUAACCAAGAAGCGUGGUUGACGAUGCUACAGGACGCCAGGAAUAGCUGUAACCAAUCGUGCGUGCGGCCCAGGAACAGGGUGUCGGUGGUGGAAAGACAGUGUCGAUUGUCGGUGGAAUCCAACGGCAUGGCGAUUAACCAAGCCAAGUACGGCAGAACGCUGAAAGAGUCAUUCGAUGAUAUUUACUUUGAGCUGAGCAACAAGAACGGGCUUCGUGCGGCUGGUUCGAGGCGGGUCCUGAGGAAGGCCGAGUCGGAUAACCGGGUCAGCUUCUACAGAGAGCCCCGGGGGAUGACGGUCGAAGUGGCCGGUGGAGGCAGUGACAAAGAGUCGUGUCGGUCGAGAAGUUUGUCCUACGAAAGCAUAUAUUUUAAGCCCCAAGACCAUUGUGCAGACUCGGUGUUGCCGGUGACGGUUGCAGCUAAGUCGCGCAGUUGUCAAGAGUUAUCCGCCACGCCGGAAAACAUUAUCCGGUCGGUAAAGAAACGCACGGAUGCCGUUUCCAAGAGAAUGAGUAGGUCCAUUCCGUUUACCCAGAAACACGACCACGAAGACUCCGACUCGGACGAUUACGACUACAUUGAGGUGUACGGCAUCAAGCACAAGUACAAUGCAGGUAUUACACGCGUAGAAGAGACUGAAGAAUUUCACGGUUCUCAUCCCGACCUCGGGCCAACCGAAGUCUGCGACUCCGGCGGCACUUCCGAACCGGAAGAACUACCCAUUAGAAAAAUAGUAAUGGAAAAGCCCGACAUACACAUGAGCCUCGAGACAGAUUCUUCCGAAUCGGAUUUCCGGUUGAAAUCAUCAAACGAACCAACCACCGCCGGAACGGAAGACGACGGACGACCACCUCCGUUGCCGAUAAAAAAAAAAUUCACACGAAUCGACGACCAGAACGUGCAAGUCGAAAAACGUCUAAUGGCCGACGGUUUGCACGUUUACAAACAGAACGCCGAAGAAGUGAUAUACGACGUGCCCAUUUUUCACGGUGAACUCAUCGAACAUUUCCGGCGGAUGAGUAUAGCAUCUCCCGUGCAACAGCCGAGCAAGUGCACCAGAUAUGCGGACAACACGGAUAUCCACAUGGAUUCGUUGGAGCCCAGUUUGUUGUACGAGACUUUACACAUGACGCCGGAUUCGUUGGAAAUAUCUGCGGCGCUUCCUACCCACAAGAGAUGGUCGGGCGACUCCGGGUUCCAAUACGACGUGGUCGACGGUUGCAGCGGAUUAUCGCCGGUUCGGAACCACUUCGAAGAUUCGUUGGAACCGGUCGUGGCCAUGAUUCACCACGACCGGAAAAUAUGGCAAAACGUGCCCAACAUCAGUUCCACCGACUACUUCCGUUGACCGGAACCGGCAUAUUCCGUUUUCCAUAUUUUGUCAAUUUCAAAAAUGAGCUACUUAGGCAAUCCAACGCGACUUUCCAUUCGAAUGCGGUAUUUCGAUAAUAUUUCAGGGGAUUGAAAGUGGCAGCCGGGUUUUUCUUAAAACCCUUCUUAGCUUCUUAGCUUUAUUUGGAUAUCAUCAAGAUAUCAUUUUUAACAUACACAUGUACAGUUAUUUCUUACAUGUGUAAAAGCCAUUUUGGUGGUAAAAAAAAUGCUCUCACUGUCACAAAAUUGUGUGAAUCUGGCAGGUCCAAUUUCGAUUUUGUAUAAAACUAUAUGAAUUUGCUGGCAUCAUUACCACAGAUUAAAUGAAACGUUUAAUUUAAUUUUUUGAUUAAUAAAUUUAUUGUUUCAUUUAUUCUGUGUCCUUGCUGGGUUAUGUUGGAAACCGAUUUUCAUUUAUCGCAUCGAAGAUAAAAAUCAAGUUUUUUUUUUUAAUUAUAUAAAUUAAAAAGGUUUUCCACAUUAAAACGCAAUUUUUUUACACAACAAAAUCUGUUUCCGACAUAAAAUGCGCUAAAAAGUAAGCCUUUUUUUAUUAUCUAAAAACUGACCGCUCUCAAUCCUACUUAAUAUAUGGAUUUUUUUGUUAUACUUAAGUCACUACCCACGCGACCGAUUGUCUUUAUUUGGUGCUAUCUAAAUGGUAAAACAAUGAAAAAUAAUCAUGUUUCAAAACCGACACACAAGUCUCGCUGGACUGUGGUCGAAAAGAGUUCCUUGUAAAUGUAAUAUAUGUAAAUACAUGCAUGUAUAAAUAAAUAUAUAUUUUUUUUGACAUGUACUUACCUGGACCAUGUAUAUAGUUAUUAUUUCUAGUUAGUUGGAUACAUUUCAUUUAUUUUUUUACUGCUUAACUAUAAUUUGUAUCACAUAAAAUAGCAGUACGGAAAUCAAAUUUCUUGAUAAAAUAUACGUGUGAUACGAAACGAA